GCCCCGCACCGUGCAAGAGCGAGCCCCGCACCGUGCAAGAGCGAGCCCCGCAGCGAGCGGGGCAGUCAGUGAAGCUUCCGCAGCUGAUACGGAGGCGAAUAUUCAACCUCCACCGUGAAACCAACUUCACCGCGGGUUUAAAAUCAUGUAACAUUCGUAGCAGAUCGAGUGGCUGUUCCUUUAGCCCACGUUUCCACACGGAGCUCGCAGCGCUCAGAGUCACAGCUGUUUAUUUAACUCCCAGCUCCAGUUCAACUGUACUAUCUGGAGUGCCAUCAUGGCCCCUAAGAAGAGAGAGACACGGAAAAGGAAAGCCGAAGAUCCCAAAAAAGAUGGAGACACAAUGGAAAAGGAGCCCAGAAGUGAAGAAGUUAGAAAGAGAGAUAUCAGUGGCUGUUCAAAAUACAUUGGGGCUCAUGUUGGCAUUCAAGGUGGGAUAUGGAAGGCUGUAGAUUCCUGUGUGGCCAUGGGGGGCAGUAGUUUUGCCCUGUUUUUGGGCUCGCAGAGGUCCUGGACUAGACCUGCCCUGGACUCUUCUGCAGCAGACAAGUUUCUGGAGCAAUGUUCUCUUCAUAAAUUUGACCCUGCCCAUAUCCUGCCCCAUGGAUCCUAUCUGAUGAACUGUGGAUCACCUAAAGAGGACGUGUUUCAGAAGAGCCAAGCCCUGUUGGUGGAUGAGCUGAGCCGCUGCAGCCGCCUGGGCUUGACCCUGUAUAAUUUCCAUCCAGGCUCCUCCCUGGGCACCAUCACCACAGAGGAGUGUAUGGAUAAAAUAGCUUCAGCUAUUAACCACGCUCAUCAGCAAACUCCCACUGUGGUCACAGUGCUGGAGAAUAUGAGUGGCCAGGGUAGUACUGUGGGUGGUAAGUUUUCUGAGCUGAAGACCAUCAUCGAUAAAGUGAGAGACCAGAGCCGAAUGGGAGUGUGUCUGGACACCUGCCACGCUUUUGCAGCAGGAUAUGACCUGACUGCAGAAGGAGGGGUGAGAGCCAUGUUAGAUGAGUUUGAUCAACAAGUAGGGCUUAAAUACCUUAAAGCGAUUCACCUCAAUGACUCCAAAGGUAAACUUGGCUGCAACCUCGAUCGUCAUGAAGAUAUUGGCAAAGGUCACAUUGGGAUCUCUGCUUUCCGGGACAUUGUUAAUGAACCCAGAUUGGAUAACAUUCCCUUAAUUCUGGAGACUCCUGGACGGCCUGGAUUUGAGUAUGCUGAGCAGAUUGAGCUGUUAUAUUCUUUAUGUAACAAGUAAAAAAAAUAUAGUCAGAGGCACUUGUUUAAGACACUUUUCUAAUAUUAUAUUUCUAUGAUAAGGACCAAAUUUAUAUUUACUGUUUAAAACGUUCAACAUUUAAUAUUGUUAAGUAAAUAUGCAUUUUGUUAGCAAUUU